UCAGCUUCAGUUUGAGACUAGAGCACAUAUUAAACCUACGUUUUUCCUGCAUCGUUAGAUCCCGUCCCGCCUCGAGGACACCAGGAAUCGCCCAUGAGGCAGACCCGGCAUGAAGCGCAUGACACCUGGGCGGUAUUGCGCACCGCCUUGUCCUCUCUCCCACUUGCUUGUCCCCACCCAGCAACGCUACAUUCUCCAUGGCCCAUAUCCUCGCAGCGGAAUAUGAGCUGCUUGGCGGCGACACCCCGGAGGACGAAGCCACAGAGCACGCGUUCAGGACCGCCCCCGUCUUCACGGGGGACGCUCUCAACGCCCUCGGAGCGAACGUGCUCCCGCAGAGGGCCGUGUACGGCCGCGUCCUGAGCCAGAGUGCCGAUGGUUUCCCCAGCCAUCCGGCGUCGCCCAUACUAUACAUCAACACAAACACGCCGUUCAGCGGGCUCGUGUGCGGACUGCAGGGUACCGGGAAAAGCCACUCGACUUCCGUACUGUUAGAGAGCUGUUUGAUGGCGGAUCCUAGGCUCGGAACCCUGCCAGAGCCGUUGAGUGCGCUCGUAUUCCAUUUUGACACUGCCGCUGGCGGCGGGAACGUGCAGCCAUGCGAGGCCGCGUAUCUUUCGGCGCUCCAUGUGCGGCGUGGUGGUAAUGUUGCGGCACCUUCGGUGACUGUCCUAGUCCUGCCCUCGAACAUCCAGGCCAUGAGAGAAGUCUAUGCCGAGCUUCCUGCCGUCAAAGUGAAGCCUCUUCACUUCUCUCCGGAAGACAUCAACGGCGAACGCCUCUUGGCUAUGAUGAAAGUGGACGAAAAUGGCCAGAUACCUCUGUACAUGGAGGCAGUAAUGUCGCUCCUCCGAGAUACAGAGGGACCUUUCGACUACAACAAGUUUAGAGAAGACCUGAAGGCACAGCCGCUCAACGGGACUCAGAGAACGAUGCUUAACUUGCGUCUUUCCCUGCUUGACUCGUGCCUUAAAGGGGGAAGCGCUGAAAAUCGGGUCACCGUGCACUUUAGAAAAGGCCAACUUACAAUUAUCGAUCUGUCUUCUCCUUUCAUGGACGGCUCGUCGGCUUGCGGCUUCUUCGACUUGAUUUUGGGUCUCUUCAUCCAGGCAGAUAUCAAGCCAUCUGGUAAAGUCGUAGUGCUCGACGAAGCUCACAAGUAUCUCUCGGACGCGCAAUCCGGCACGUCAUCCCGCCUGACCCAGUCCCUGCUGACCAUCAUCCGCCAACAACGCCACCUUGCGACUCGCGUUAUCAUCUCGACGCAGGAGCCAACGGUCGUGCCCUCCAAGUUCAUCGCCCUCUGUUCUUUCAUCAUCGCGCACCGCUUCCAAUCGCCAGAAUGGCUGCGGCUGCUGACCAAGCACGUCUCCGUACCGAACAACAGCUUCGACGAGCUCUUUUCCAGGGUGCGCAUCCCUCUUCCCCUUCAUGACAGGAUCUCUCAGACUGCUCGCACAGCUCACGUCCCUCCGCACCGGCCAAGCUCUCAUGUUCGCCACCAGCGGCAUCGGCGUCCGGGCGAGCCGAAGUCCCGUGUCGGCCCCCGGGGUCGGCGGCACGCGCGACGUGGAACCGUUUGGCGCGGGGUACCUCCUCGUCCAGUCCCGCUUGCGUGUGACGCGAGACGGCGGCCACUCCAUCCUUGCGGUGCACGACCCAGCGCGUACCACCCGCGUCGGGCUCGGUGGAGCUGAGGCCGGGUCGGACGCGGAGGCUGCGGGAGCAGAAGCGGCCGGCGGCCGACUGGCGCUUACUGCAGCUAGGGCGCCUGUAACGCCCGCUGAGACUCCGGCACCUCGGUACGUGCCGCCGCAUGCGAUGGGUGCGUCGGGGUCUGCGGUGAACGGCGGUGCAGGCGUCGCUACUCUCGUCGACACACUUCGCAAUUCCGGGUCUCCGCCUUGGCUGCCAUCCGCAUCCGACGCCGGGUCGGCGUCUUCCAGUGCCACGGGCGCCGCGACGACGACCACCGGGGAUAGCGACGACGAGAGCGCCUCCCAAUCUUCGGACGGUACCGCGCCGACGCACGUCUGGAAAAAGUUCGAGCCCCUCGUCAAGUUCCUGCGGGAGAAACACGACGAGGGCAUUCUGCAGGUCUACGUCUGGAUCGUGCAGAAGCACUUUGACCGCGUUCAGUGUGGGGUGUACGACGACACGUUCGACGAAACGCUCGCUGAGGCCGUCACGCUGGGGCUCGUCGAGCACGGGACGCCGCUGUGGGACGGGGACAGGGUCAUGCUGAGCGCGGACGCGGAGGGUAUCAUGCAGCGCACGCUCGUUCGCCUGACGGGCGGUCACGCACACUUUGCGCCGCUCGUGCGGUACCUCCGGGACCAGGCAGCGCACGGCUUUCGCGAAAUCACGGUGGCGACGAUCGAGCGUCGCCUCGGCGCGGACAUGGUCGUCACCGUGGGAGAUGCGGAGGCCGCGGGCGUGGUGCAGAUAGUGCCAAAUACGGUGAAGCCGAAGGUCAUGCUUCCUCCGAAUACUCAUUUCGUGUUUCUUUGACGUACAUAGGGCUUGUGCGGGUGUGAUCCUGUCCAUACCAAUCUGAUUUUCAUACCAAGAUUAAUGUGCGUAUAUUAACUCGUAUGCCUAAGGUACUCGGAGUCUUCUUCUGUACCUAUAUUCGUGCAUCGCGACGUGGCCGAGCUUUCAAGCUAAAUUGCAGUAGAAGCACUUUCGAUUCUACCACGAUGCUGACGAUAGAUUUUAGUAGCAGAUGAUAUUUGUG